AUGGGUGAUUUAGUGUCGGAGGACCAUGUAGUUGAGGAGCUAGUCAGAUCCUUGGAGGAUAUACCCAUCGGCGUUGCGGAUGUUCUGACGGUUCUCCAGAGGUUGUGCUCGGAGCACGACCCCAAGGCCAUGUCCGCCGUGCUGCACCAUGCCCAAGCAUACGCGCACGACGACUUGCCGCGGCUGCGCCGCCUCGUGUUCCUCCCCAUGCGCUUCUUCGAAGCCGCGAGCCAUUACCCACUUCCUAAAUUCCCCGCGGUUAUGCCAGAACUGGCGGCGUCAUUUUUCGAGGACAAGAAGGAGGUGGUCGCUAUCAGAGCCGCGCACCGACGCAUGGACGCGCUGGUCACCUCCAAGCAACUCAUCCUGCACCCACGCACCGGCAGCCACUGCUUGCAUGGGGACCUGGGUCGGCAGCAGGAGGAGAGUGAGCGUGCGUUCCUGCUUGCGGAUGGGGACGUUAAGUGGCAGGCAAACGGGGAUGUGAAGCUGCAGGUGAAUGGGGACGUGAAGUGGCAGGCGAACGGAGACGUGCGGAAGGAGGCUCUGCCAAUCACCCAAACCACGUCGCACUCCCUCCUCCUAUCCUUCCUCUGCCACCUCGGCCGCCUCGCCAGCACCGUUGUCAAGGCCUCUGACAGCUAUCUUCACCUCAACCAGCAGCUGGCGCACAUGCUUCAGCCCUCUCCCGCCCUGGACUCAGCAACAGUGCCCCUAAGUUUACAGGAUAGGCUCAAGUCGCUGCACAGUGCGCUUGCUUGCAGAGAGAGCCGCGUGGAUGCUGCAUGGAAGCAGCUGUGUGUAUUGCAGGGACAGGUGGAGAGGGAGGUGAGCCACCUGCGAGAGGCGAUGCAAAUAGCAGCAACAGAAGCGUCCACAGCAGCAGCAGCAGAGCUUAGGAAAAGGGAGGAGGUACAGCACAGUUGGGGGUGGCGUUUUCGCAAGCUUUGGGAUGUUUUCAUCCGAAAACCUCUGGUGUCGUGGUUGUCGAUUCUGCUUUCCGUUCCAGCUGUUUGCUUCCUGCUCAAGGUCUGGUUUCCGUGCUUCCAUUGGCUUCUACCGUAG